GUAAUUGUCAGCUCGCAAUCGAAAUAAAAACCUCCGCUUCCUCUCUCGGAAAUCGGUAAUCAUCCCCAAUUAUUGAAUCGAGGGAGAGAGUGAGAGAAGAGAGAGAGAGAGAGAGAGAGAGAGAGAGAGAGAGAGAGAGGCUGUGUUGAUGGCGAUACAGUAUGCGAUGGUGGCGAGGGGAUCCGUGGUGCUGGCGGAGUUCAGCAGCGGUCAGUCCAACGCCAGCGCCGUCGCCCGCCAAAUCCUGGAGAAGAUCCCAGGCACCGAAGACAGCCACGUGUCCUACUCUCAGGACAGAUUCAUCUUCCACGUCAAGAGAACCGACGGGAUCACCGUCCUCUGCAUGGCCGAUGAAUCCGCCGGCAGAAGAAUUCCUUUUGCAUUUCUUGAGGAUAUCCAUGGAAGAUUUAUUAAGUUGUAUGGCCGGGCUUGUCAUACUGCUCUUGCGUAUGCUAUGAACGAAGAGUUUUCAAGGGUUUUAAGUCAGCAGAUGGACUAUUACUCAAAUGACCCUAAUGCAGACAGAAUGAAUCGCAUGAAAGGGGAAAUGAGUCAGGUGCGCAAUGUCAUGAUCGAGAACAUUGAUAAAGUCCUGGAAAGAGGAGAUCGAUUGGAAUUAUUGGUUGAUAAAACUGCAAAUAUGCAAGGAAAUACAAUUCGCUUUAGAAAGCAAGCUCGGCGUUUCAGAAACACAGUGUGGUGGAGGAAUGUUAAGCUCACGAUUGCAUUGAUUCUUCUUCUUUUGGUUAUCAUAUAUGUCGUGCUUGCUUUCAUGUGUCAUGGGAUAACACUUCCAACUUGUUUCAGGUAAUAAUUAUCUAUGUAUUCUGUCCCUUCUCUGUUUUGAUUGGCACAAUGCUAUUGGUUUGGCUUUGUUUUGCAACGGUUUGUGUUGCACCUGGCAUUUGUAGACAAUGUAAACUGAGUGUGUGGAUUUUCUAUUGCGUACUUGGAAAUCUUACAGUAUUUUUGCGACAGAGAAAGAUACAAGUUUGCGGUUUAUCCAUGUUAUUUUGCUUCGGUAUUGAAAUGAGAAGGGAACUCGAGAAAAGUUGUUAACUA